UGUCGCGCAUGUACUUAAAUACACCCGCGUUUCUCUGCUCUCGGAUGGUCGGUUUGAUUGUAAUCUUUAAAUCUCAACGCUCGUUCAUCUCUUUUUUUUUUUCGUUGUAGUUAAUUGUUUAUCAUUCAUUCGUUCACAACAAGAUGGCGCGGUCUCUUCGCCGCGGCCUCCUGACGGCGGCUGCUGUUUGGGCGGCAUCGGCGGUGGCCGGCAAUGAAGGGGAUCAUAGUCACGACAACGACAAUAAGUGGCUGGCCUCGACUGUCACCGUCACAAGCACUGCCUACGUCGACCUGAGGGACUAUGAGCACAUGUGUCGCCAAGGCAAAUACGCCUGUGGCCCCACUCCUACACCCUUCCCUGAACAGAAGAAUUGCGUUGAAUGCGAGAAGGGUAAGGGGAAGGACUCUGGUAGUUGGAACAAAGAGACGGGGGCUGGGAAUACGGAACCUGAGAGCCCGAAUAAGGAGUCAGGCACCUGGAACAAGGACUCUGGGAGCGAGGACAAGGACGCCGGCACCUCAGAUCACACUUGGGGAAACUGGCACACGGAUCCCACAGAUGUGUAUCAUGGCCUCUGGGGGGGAUGUAGCACUGAGCACCACUGCCCCGCCGAGUGCAGCUGCAGCUCCAAAUCCAUCUGUGAAACCAGCAAAGGCCCUGAGUGCAAAGACAGCACUGAGUGCAAGCCCGGCGAAAUGUGCAACUCCAACGGCGUCUGUCAACCCAUACCAGGUCCUCGAUGUCAAGACAAAGCCUGUGAGGUUGACAAUGGAGGAAAGUGUGGUACAAACAAGGAUUGCGAUCACGGCGAAAUUUGCAAUCAGCGCGGUUACUGUCAAAAGGUUGUUUUCCCCGACUGCGAGAAGAACUCGGACUGCAAAUGGGGCCAAAUCUGCACCAAUUGGGGAAUUUGUAAGACAGUCGACGUCCCCGUUUGCCAAGACGAUAAAGGUUGUAACGAGGGCCACCUUUGCAACUCCCAGAGAAUCUGCCAGAAGGCUGAGUGUCCCAAGUGCAAAGCCGAUCACGAAUGCAAUGACGGCGAAGGCUGCAAUGACGGUUCCUGCAAGCCCAAGGAGAGCAAUAGCUGCAAAGACGAUACGCAUUGCAAAGAUGGCGAUAUCUGUGACUCGGAAGGCAGGUGUCGUCGCGGUGAGCAUUUCCGAUGCAAGGUCGAUUCGGAGUGCAAGUUGGCCGAGGCCUGUGAUAUUCACGGAAAGUGCCAGAGUCGCCCAGCCGGACCCCUUUGUGGCUCUGACGGCCAGUGCAAUGACGAUGAGUUCUGCAAUGCCUUUGGUCACUGCGAGGCGAAGCCUUUUGAGGAGUGUUUCAAUGAUUCCCAAUGUCUUCCCGGAACUGUUUGCUCCAGCAGCAAGUGCAUCUCCAGGGUUUCCUGCAACACUGCGGGUGAUUGCGGUGGUGCAGGAAAUAUCUGUGUGAACAACAUUUGCGUGACGGAGGGUGAAUGCCACUAUAACUUUGAGUGCCCUGAAGGACACCACUGCAAGUCAGGCAAAUGCGAGAAGAAGAAGCAUUUCACAGGGGCGGUCGGUACAGACGGUACAGACCGAACAGACCGUACAGACGCCAGCUGUUCGAAUGGUUUCCAAUGGUCGUACUUCAAGUUGAAUCGCGCGGCUAGGGACACUGUAACCACCCCGGGCACCAUCCCGUUCCGCAACACAGAUAUUUUGACGGUCCAGAACUGGCCCAUCCUUCACUUUCAACCAGAUGUGGCUCUCGUUGGUCAAGAGGCCAGGUAUUCUGGCUGGACCCAGACACUGGGUAUUCAGAAUACCUGCCCUCCUGAGGAUGCCAUUGUAUAUGGUACCGACACCGGAACUGGAAUCGACUACAGCAUCGUCCACCACAUCGGUUAUUUCCGUCCCAAGGAGGCCGGUACCUACACGUUCCAGGUUGAUGGUGGACUGAAGCAGACCGUGUAUCUCUGGCUUGGCGAUCAGGCUCUAGCCGGCUGGAAGAACAUCAAUACCAACCUGAUCGCCGAUGGCAGCUGGACUGUUAGUUUCAAUACUUGGUUGAAGGUUGUCUCCGAAAUCGAAGUUGGCACGUACAUCCCCAUCCGCAUCCUGUAUGUCAAUGCUCAGGAUUGCGGUGAGUUUGGAAUGACUGUCCUUGAUCCCAACAACGCAGUCCUCGUCGCCAGGGAUAAGAGGACGAACGAUGGCCAAUUCUUGAGCAACUGCGGUGGCUGGUCUGAAAUUCCGUCAAUUAGCUUCGAUCCCACCUUCACCGGCGAUUUAGGUUGGGGUGGCGAUGGCUUUGAUCAAGAUGCCGAUGGGAACUUCCGUGGGUUCGGUCCAAACCACAACAGAACCCUUCUCAACGUGACCCUCGGUGGCAAUAACCUCCCCAAUGAUAUCCUUGGUGGUGAUAACCUGCUCAAUGACACCCUUGGUGGUCUUGACCUCUUCAAUGCAACCCUUGGUGGUCUUGAUCUCCUCAAUGCCACCCUUGGUGGACUUGAUCUCCUCAAUACUACCCUUGGUGGACUUGAUCUAUUUAAUUCUACCAUUGGUGGUGAUAACCUCCUCAAUGCUACCCUGGGUGGUGAUAAUGGUCUUGGUGUCAACCUCAAUAGCAGCGGCCUGGGUGUAAACCUCGAUGGCAAUAACGCCGUCAAUGAUUUCCUUGGUGGUGAUAACCUCCUCAAUGUCACCCUUGGUGGUGAUAACGGUCUUGGUGUCAACCUCAACAGCAGUGGCCUUGGUCUGAACCUUGGUGGCCUUAAUUUCUCCACCCCCCUCAAAGCUUGAUUUUAAAGCCUGGGGUUGACGAAGCGUCAGCUGUCAAGUAUUGUACUAUUAGUUUAGGAUACGAUUUCAUAUUUAUUUUCUCUCCAUGAAUUGAAGCGGAUUUGUUAACAAAGAACCACGCUCGUAACAGUGAACUUACCUCUGCCAUUGUUACCAUAUUGGUGUGCAUUCACGCCAAGAGCUUCCGGCAUGCCACCUUCUAAUAGUACAUUUAAGAGAUCUCCAAAAUCUCGUUCGUAUCAUCAAGUUUUGCUCCUGAGAGGCGAUUCCAUUGUGAUUUCGCCGAAAGAUCGCCACGCGAAUCCCUAGAUAUUUGCGAGCGCACGUCGUAGACUGCGGGCGAGGGCACCGUGACGUCGCCUGGGGAAGCACAUAUCAUAUCAUUAUCUCGUAGAAGUCACCAACUGUG